AUGGGUGGCCAAGACUCACUGAUGCACAUGGGGAGUAAAGGCUGGCCAGAGUUUUUUGAAAAGAAAAGAAUGCAAAACAGACAUAAUCUCCUGGUACCACCACCUGCAUCACCUAAGAAAGUCAGUGCUGGCAGCAUGGAUUUGCUUACAAUGUUUAUUGUGAACCAGAUCGCAUUAAAGAAAGAAUAUGCUGGGAACACUAAAAUAGCACAUUUGCCUAAAACAAAAGGAAUGAAUAAAUCUGUGGCUGGAAAGGCUUUAGAGCUGCCAAUGAGUCCUUGUUCUCCAUCACGUUUGAGCCUGGCAGAAAGUGAACCGCUUUUCAGUGACCAGUCACUGAGUUUGAAGAAAAAAAACCCCGGCCUCCUAGAUGAAUUCAAGUUUAAGACGCUGUCACUGGAAAGCAACCUGUCUGACAAUAGCACUUCAGCCUGUCACGGGGUUCAGAGCAGUGUCGGUUCCUUUUCUUCAACCUCGCCAUCCUUAUCAGAGUCCUUCAAACUCAGGUCCAGACCAGCUGCACACAUCGCCUCUUCACCACCAACAGAGUCACACUGCAUAAACUAUGCUCAGCCAAUGGAUAUGUCUGAGUGUAAUCCUUGGACUGUGCCUUUUCAAACAGAGGCCUCCCAGGCUGGCUUUGCAGAUGGAGUCCAGUUUGUGAGCACCUUUCAUAGCAGAGAAAGCAGUGGGCCUUCCAUCCAGUCAACUGAAAACCCAUUUCAUAAUUUAGAGAUGAAUAGCCAAGAAGAAAGACCACCCUUUUUUGGACUUAUCAAUGGAGGUGAAGACAUUUCUGGUAAGAAAACAAAGCCCUGUUUUCAGACGGAGAACCCGGAUGCCCCCACAAGAUCUCACAAAGACUGCAGUAUCGAUUUGUUAUCUCAGCACGUGUCUAGAUGUGCUGACUGCAGACCCUUAACCUGUUCUUGUGAAGAAGGCUGUGUCACCUCAGAUGAUGCAACAAACUCUGUUCCAUCUCUCCAAAACAUUUUAGAAAAAGGACACAAGCAAGAUGGCGAUUCUUACAUGUGCCUGUCCCUUUCUAAGGACAUUAUGAGGACAAGUCAAAAUUGUCCAUCAGGGAUGAGUGCUCCAACAAGAGUUCUGCCCUGCAACCAGUCAAUGAUGUGUAGGGAGAGUAAAGCCCAUGGGAUUACAAAAGCCUUGAAAAGGAUCAAUUAUGAACGGGACUGUGAGAAAGAUCAGUUUGUUCCCUCUUGUCUGCAGACUAAUACAGAAAGUGGUAGAACACGUAAGAAAGCAUCUCCUAGGGUACAAGACAAGGCAACGCAGACUGCAAGUUUUUGCGGUUUGAUUACUCAAGAUGCCUCUGUGCAGUGUUGUCUUUUGAAAGCACCUAAGAUGGGUAUCAUCACUACGGCCACAGCUCACAAUCACCACAGUAAGAGAGACAAAGCUCAUGCCACUAGGAGGCAGACUUGUCACAGCAGUGAAAAACAUGGUAGUAAUCACUUUGCUCAGUCAGAAAUCCAUAAGGUGAAGAGAAACACCUCCUGGAUGAUGUCUAAAACAGAGCUUACAAAGCAAGGUCCGGAAAUGUUCAUAGGUCGUGAAGGUUUGAGCAAAUCUGAGAACCAGGCAAGCAUAAAAAAGCAUUUAAUACCGCCCUGCUUUCAGACAAAUGCCCCAGAGCUAAAGGAGAAGUUAUCAGAGAACAUGGUGUUGAGAGGAGAAAAGUGUGAAGGUCAUGAGGAGGAGUGUGUGAAUCAGAACCCCCCUGUGAACUCAGAGGAACAUGACACUCCCUUUACUGCUGAAACAGGUGGAGACGGUGAAUCUGAGGAGAAGGGAAAGCUUAAAGAAAUCGCAGACAUCUUGCUCAUGCUGCAGCAGAAAAAUAAGCAUCCAUAA